AUGAGGGGUAUAAGUGAUAUACUUUAUUUUUGGUCGACCCCAAGAAUGCCUUCCUUUGAUAAUGAUGUGGAUAAAGAAGUAAGGACGAAAUUAGUCAAUAAGUAUGCUAAGGUCUGUUUUCUGUUUUCCAUAAUGUUAGUAUGCGUUAUAGUACCUUUAUGGUAUACAUUAUCAGUCACAUUCACAUUUUUCAAAAUUGAACAUAGAUUCAAACAUCACAUAUUUAAACGAAAUACAUGGUAUCAUCGUAUACCUUUAUACCAUAAUACUUCAUUACGACAUUGUCUGUUUUGGUGUACUGUCUGUACGGUAGCCGUUAUGCAUCAUACCAGUUAUGAUUUAUUGCAAAUCACUAAAAGACUAGGAAGGGUUGCAGUCGCUUUGAUGCCUCCUUUGCUAUUUGUAACAUUAAGACCCUCUCCACUACCACGUACGUUAUAUCUUCGUAUUUUACCAAUUCAUAAAUGGAUCUCAAGAGUCGUUGUCCUGGCGUCCCUUUUGCAUAGCAUAUUUUAUGUGUGUUACAUGGUCACAAAAGGUGUAUUUUGGGUUAAAAUUAAAAAAUUACCUAAUAUAUAUGGUGUACUGGCAAUGGUUCUGUUUUUUGUCAUUGGUUUUACAUCUAUAAGGAAAUUUAGGAUAUUGAACUUCCGCUUAUUUUAUUAUAUUCAUUAUAUUUCAACAUGGUUAACUGUGAUACUUAUCCAUUUCCAUGCAAGACCGGGUGUUCCAUAUUAUACAGUAAUGAACUGUCUCAUAUUGAUGUAUCAGAUUGGAUAUAGAUUAUAUCAUACUAAGAUGACAAAAAUGAUCGUAACGCCAAUAUCACCAACACUUUCGUUACUUGAAUUUCCAAUGAAGGACUUAGUUAACAAACCAAUCUUACCAUCAGGACAUGUAAGAAUUAGUCGAUAUGAUCCAAACUUUGUUAAAAGGGUAUUGUUCCAGUUGGUCCCAUUCCAACAUCCUUAUACAAUCGCUAGUUUGCCAGAUGAAAAUAUGGUUAGACUUAUUGUAAGAAAAGGGCAUUUUAAAUUAAAAAAUGGUGGUUCUUAUUAUGUUACAGGAGCAUUUGAACCGAUUAUUAAUUUCUUGGGGAGACCGAAGAAUGUUCAACAAUUCCUUAACAAUCAAAAAAAAAGAACUAACCCUUUCCAAGUUACAUCCUUGGGAUUAAUUCAUUCUCCACUGCAUUAUGUAGUUAAUGCUAGGCGUGUAUUGAUUUGCGUUGGUGGUUCUGCGAUAGCUUUUGGUUUACCUUUAUUAAGAGUACUGAAUUUCAAUGGUAUUAUUGUGAGACUGAUAUGGGUUAUUCGUGAUUUCAGAGAUUUGAAAUUAUUAGAGUUAUUUAGAAAUAAUUUUGAAGGUAUGGAAAUAUAUAUUAGUGGAGAUUUUGGAAGUGAACAAGAUAUCCAACUUGAUUAUGAUGACCGGAUGAAUGAGGUUGUCAACGAGCCAUCUUUAAUAUCAGGAAACAAUGAAAAUUGUUCGUUACUCGCCUCAUCUAACAAUCAGGCGUACGGUUCAACAAGAUCUGGACAAGUGAACGAAACUGAGGAACAUCAGGAAGUUGAUGAGAUAGAUUUCACAAAUUCCUUUAGGAUUAAAACUAAUAGAUCAAAAUCUCAAUUACGCUUGGAUAACAAAUUAACUGAGUCUCAACAAAAAAAUGCAGCUGGUAGUGCAUUUAGAAGAGAUGUUUUAUUAGGCCCAAUCGCUUGUAAUCAUGGUGGGUGUGACCACGAAAGUGGUUGUAAUGAUGAUCAUGAUAAUGAGGAUGAGGAUGAUGAUGAAGAAACGUUGUCAAACGGUACAGGGGCUGACGAACAAAUUAAGAUUCCGCCUGGCGUGAAGAUAUAUUGCGGUAGGCCUAAUCUAGAUGAACGUGAUUAUGCCUGGUGUCUAGAGCAAGAAUGUGACACCUCCCUUGACGAUGAUGAGUGCUGUCAAAACAGAUAUGAUGGGUCUCUUAAUGCAAAUGUAGAAAAACUAUCACAAGUAUGGGUUAUUGCAGCAGGACCAGAUGGGUUAGUAGAAAGCACGCGGCAUUGGGCUACAGAUGGUGGUCUACAUUUUCAUGCAGAAAGUUUUGCAGUAUAG